UGUCAUUGUAUAUUUUCAAACAUUUUUUAUUUAUUAUACAAUAAACAAAAUAAUGGUCUGGCCCACAGAAUUUGAUGUUAAACUGGAUGAGUAUGACGCUAUGGAUUUGCCAGGACAGCAACUGCAAUCUGCCCAAGCUAGUACAACUUUAGAUCAUAUUCUAAACCUUAAUAUUAGCGCUCCAGCUGGUUGUCAGCGUCUCACUGGGAUUAUUUCAUUUAUGGGUAAAUCAACAUACGACGUAGAAGUCAUGCAGAAAAUGAUAGCUGCUGGUAUGAACAUCGCACUUCUUAACCUUUCAUUUGGUAACAAGGAGGAACACAUGGAAACCAUAAAGAAUCUUCGUGAAGCAGUUAAAAAUUAUAGCGUGAAAUGUGGAAAAAAAUAUCCAUUGGCAAUUGGUGCAAGACUCCCUGGUCGAAAAAUAAGAACUGGUUGUAUUGCUGAUACUUUCGGUGAAACUGUCGAACUUAAGACGGGUGAAGUGGUACGUCUAACGACGGAUGAAACCUAUAAAGACAGAUGUUCUAACUACACUGUGUACAUAGACUUCAUGCAUUUCGCCGAACAAAUGGAUAAAGGGAACCUGGUUCUAUUGGACAAUGAAACUAUUAAACUUAAAGUUGAAAUGAUAUCUGCCACGACAUUAACUUGCAAAAUUGAAAGAGGUGGUUUCCUAGGCUCCUAUAAGGAUGUCUUCGUUCCUAAUGUCACAUUUGAUAUGCCAAACUAUUCUGAACAUGAUAAAGAAUAUAUUGAUAUGGCCAUUCAUAUGCAAUUGGACAUUCUUGUCGCGUCUUUCGUAAACUCGUCUAAUACUAUUACUGAGCUCAGGCUCCUAAUGGGAGAGAAAGGAAAGAAAAUAGCUAUUGUUGCCAACAUCCAAACUAUUCAAGGUUUUCACAACUUCGAUGACAUUCUAUCGGCUGCCAAUGGCAUAAUGAUAACACGACAAGAAUUAGGUUCUGAUAUAACUCCAAAGAAGUUAGUAAUAGCACAGAAAAAUAUGAUAGCUCGUGCAAACAUGGCAAACAUUCCGAUAUGUGUGAGUGCGCAUUUGUUAAGUAGCAUGCGUCACAACAGUAUACCUCUUAGAGCAGAAUUAUUGGAUAUUGCAAACUGUAUCCUUGAUGGCGCUGAUGCCCUGGUACUCUCAGCAGAAACUGCCGUGGGAGAUUAUCCUGUUGACACUGUAGAAUGCAUGGCUACUACAUGCAAAGAAGCUGAAGCCUGUGUUUGGACUAAACAAGUUUUUCAUGAUAUGUUUGAUAAGACUCCGCAACCUUGUGAUCAAGCAACGGGCACUGCACUAGCUGCAGUGAUUGCAGCGCAACGUUGUCUUGCUGCUGUCAUAGUUGUUAUUACAACUUCUGGUAAAUCUGCACAAAUAGUUGCCAAAUAUCGACCACGGUGCCCCAUUAUUGCACUUACAAGGUAUGCUGCUAUUGCCAGAAGUCUACAUAUGUGGAGAGGAAUAAUACCGUUGAUAUAUGAAGCUGGACCGGCUGUGGAUUGGCAAAUGGAUUUGGAAAAUCGCGUACACUUUUGCACUAAAUGGGCAAUGGAGCAGGGCUUUUUGAGAAUUGGGGAUGCUGUUGUUGUGGUUUCUGGCUGGAGGCAGGGUUCUGGUUAUACUAAUACCACAAGAAUUAUUUAUACCACUGCUGAUACCGCUAACUGAUUAUUAUUUAAGGAAAUAAUUUAGUCUGCUUUGUUAUACAUAUUAUUUUUAGAAUUUUAUUUAGAUUUGUGAUAUAAGGUUUAUAUACAUAGAUGUUAUUUAAUUUAGGGGCCGUUAAAUAUUAUAUUAUUUGAACUUAACACAAAAUUUAAAUUAUCUAUAUUUCGAUGUUUUAACGUACGGUUCUCAAUCUAGAAUUUUAAUGAGUUUAAAUACUGAGAGACUAAUUUCUUAAUUCUUUUUGUGUAAGUCGUAUUCACUACUGAAUUUACGCUGUAACUCGCAGGUGCAAUCAUUAAUCACAGCGAAACUUGAGCUUAAAUUAUCUCUGACUUUAUUAUAUUAGGUAACUUAUUGCAUUCUGCAAAAAAUUCCUAUUCUCCGUAUAAUUUUAUCUGAUGAUUUUUUUAAGGUUCGCUAUUGCACUUAUUUUUCAUUACUGUUAAUUAAAGAUAACAUCCAAGGCUUGCUUUUGUGUUACUUAAUUUAAGUAGUGGGAUUUUUUAACAUUUUUAAUACGUGUACAUUUCAAACUCAGACUUCAAAUCACCGAUACUUACUGAAUCUAAAUUGUGUGAUUUGAAAUGACCUCACGGAAUUGUCGGGUGACGGAAUGCCGGUGAUCGGCAUCAAAGGGUUAACUGUGCUUGCUGGUAGAGGCAAUUUGCAGAGCUCUCUGAGGUGCUCAAAUUGAAUUUAUGUAACCUCGGCUUCACACCAACCACAUACAGACCAAUCGAUAUAAUAUCCGUGUCUAAUUCUUUAAUAGUGGCAGAAAUAUAAUUACUUUAUUACGUCUAUAGCCUUUAUUAAACCGGAGUUAGUAUAUCAGUAUUUUACUACAAAAACAAUGCUUACAUACUUUAGUAUGCAAGUACUGGCUUAACGAAUAUUCAUGAAAAAUUAUGGUGGUAAAAAAUUUAAGUUUCAUAAACUAUGUAUAUCCAGAGUCACAAAAAAUAUUAAAAUUUAAUAAAACAACAAUAUUAUCCGCGAUCUUUAUAUAAAUAUCAGUAUAUGGUUUUGUCUGUACAUUGUACAUAACAUUUUAUAUAUUGCAACUGUUUUUAACGGACAGAAAAUGUGUCUUUACUUUUGUAGACUAAAUUAGAAAUACCUUUUGUCUGUAUGUCACAGACUAAUAUAACCGCUCGCACGUCCCGCACCGCGCCUAGCCAAAAGGUAUCGUUAUAGCCAUUGCGGCUAUACGAUAGAUGACUUAAAGCUUUGCUUGAGAAUUCUCUUUGCUCAUUUUCUAUAAACCAAGUCAAAUAUUUGAAACGAUUUAUAACUUUCACAUACAUUCUGAAAGAAGAACUAAUGUUAUCUUAUAAAAAUAAAAUAUUUUAUUGUACUUGUAUUUAAUUAAAAUUAUCAAUAAUACUUUCACUGUACAACUACGUAUACAAUAAUGAGAUCUAAGAUUCAU